AUGGCGUGGCUUAUUGACACCAAGAAGCGAUGCCUGGUACCGGCAAAGGCCGAACUACAGACAGAGCGCGCCAAUUUGUUGGCUCACCAAAAGGACCGUGUAUUUGAUCGGUUAAGAGUAAUGAUGCCUGCGCCUAUCAACGAUGCUAUUGGUCUGGUCCCUUUGAUAGACGAGAGAUAUUUAUGGGUCGACUCGCUUUGCAUCGUUCAUGAAGAAGGCUCAAAAUAUACGCAAAUUCGGGAUAUGGCCAAGAUAUAUGAGAACACUCGACUUACUAUUGUAGCUGGCGAUGGCCUAGAUGCCGACCAUGGCUUGCGCGGUAUUCCCAACGUUUCUCAGCCUCGACGGUUGCACCCCGAACUAGAACUCAGCGACACCAUCUCCGUGCGUGCCCCACAAAAUCUUGCACUGGAAGGAACCACAUGGGCACGCCGUGGUUGGACGUGGCAGGAACUCCAGUUUUCACAGCGACGGUUAACAUCUGUUGACGGGUCUGUUUGGUGGAGGUGUGCAGAAUCCUUUUUCUGUGAGGACGAUGUCUUCGCUGCGCGUGAUUACAGGACGACAACCGAGUCGAUUAGGAGACCUGAAUAA